AAAAGAUGUUUACUGCGCUCGCGCUGAAGAAAAUUAUCAUUUUUACAUCUUGAAAAAGCGAGGAUGCUUUGAUGUUUCUCAUUGAAUGCAGUAGCUUUUCAUUUCCAGACACAACAAAACGCUGCUUGGGUGCGGUGAAGAGUCAUGGGGAACUUUAAAGGUCAUGCACUCCCUGGAAGCCUGUUCCUGAUUAAUGGACUUUGGUGGACAGGAAAGUAUUCCCUUUGGCACGCCACCUGCAAGAACAAGAAUCUGGGUUGCACUUGGUUGGCCAACAGGACCUCACAGCGGCGCCUUGAGAUAAUUGAAAGCUCUGCCAUGCUCAUCUUCUCUGUUGUUGGGAUUCUGGCAGAACAGUUUGUGUCAGAUGGACCGAAGCUCCAGCUGUAUAACUUUGCAGAGAAACACUGGGACCAUCUGAUGAACUGGCAGCAUGCCACCAUGUACCUGUUCUUUGCCCUGGCUGGUAUGGUGUCUCUGGUUAUCCACACCACAGAGGCUGCACCACUGGCACUGGAUAGGCUAAUGCUGGCUAUGGCUUUCUUUAAUGAAGGAUUUCUUUUCCUCUACCACCUCCAUGGUAGGCGCAUGCUGGAUGUCCACGUGCAUCAACUCCUGCUCUUUGCCAUCUUUGGAGAGGCUCUUGUUGCCUUUUUAGAGAUCUUCCACAGAGGCAACAUCAUUCUCGAGCUUCUACGCAGCACACUCACCUUUCUGCAGGGCAGCUGGUUUUGGCAGAUUGGAUUUGUGCUGUACCCUCCACGUGGGCCAGAGUGGGACCUAGAGGAUCAUCACAAUAUGAUGUUUAUUACCAUGUGUUUCGCCUGGCACCUCGUGUUCGCCAUGCUCAUUGUGAGCAUUCUCUACUCCACCAUCUCCUGUGUGGUUCAGUCCAAACUGAAGCGGACCCCUUCAGUGGAAAUGGGACUUCUGAAGGCCACAGAGAGGGAGCUGGAUUCAGACGAUGACAAUUAAUGACUGUUUGCCACAUCUAUACGAUGACACGCAGUGUUGCAGAUUAAUCAGGGAAAUCACUUUUGCAGGUCCAGUUGCAGUACAACUGGAAAAAACCCACAGACAGGAAAGGAACAAGAAUGUGGUUUUUGCAAAUACUUUAUUUGUUCUUGUAAGUGCCUUAUUUAUUCAAACGUGAAUGACUCCUUUAGCUGUUGAGCAAUGAUCAUUUUUUGUUGUUGUUUUGCACACGCCAUGUUCUUUUAUGAAAUAGUGCCAUCUGGUGGUCACCAUCUUCAAAUACGCUGCAAGGUGUAUUACCAGCACAUUGUCCAUGUACAGUUCUGUGGUGUUGAGGAUGCAGUGAAGUGCAGCACCAGUGCAUACUCCCACACUUGACAUUGUACCUUUCUGCAGCCAGUCUGCUUUGUGUGUACUGAUCCUGUCAGAUCUCAGCUGUGAAGCAGAAUAGGUCCUGAUUUUUACUUGGCUGGGACACUGCUCAGAAACAUCAGGGGCUGUGUGUGUCUCCACGUAGAGCUGGAGUUUGAUGUAAAACCUGAGCAAAUCUCUGCUCCUGGAAGUCACCUGCAUGCUUUCUGACUCCUGCUGGUCCAUCCACUGCUAAUGGACUACAUUAAGCGCAUGCAGCCAGUCAAGAGCUGGGAAACACCAGAUGUGACUAAUCAGCUGUUAAUGCAGCAGGCAGAUGUGGGAAAACAUGCAGGGCAGGUGAUCUCCAGGAGCAGGGUGGGUGACCCCUGCUGUACUGGUUCUACCGCGGUGGCCCUCAACAGCUGGGUGCAGCCAAAAGAACAGCAUUGCCAUUGUAUGUUUGGAGAUUUUAAAAAACCUUAAUGAUUUGGUAAUAUGUAGAACAGAAAAUGAACACAAACAUGGGGUUAUGGCUGAUAGACAAAAUGUAGCACAAAUAAUAAAACAGGAACAGACACAAUCUUAGCAUAAUUUCUCUUUUUUUAAAUAGGUUGGUGGCUUUCUGAAUCUUGUCAUUAGAUUGCUGGAAAUCACACAGUAUAUUCUUGUUACCAAAUUUCCAUUUAUGAUGUGAAGUUUGUUGCAUAUUAUAAU